AUGGCUCCUGCGGUCCCCAGACUGCGAAUUCUCUCAGUUGGCGGCAACGCUGUGUCGGCCUUCUUAUCGUGGCGGCUCCAAGCUACCAACGCCUGCGACGUGACGCUUGUGUGGAAGUCCGGAUAUGAAAGCGUGGCCCAGUACGGCAUCAGCUUCAAAUCCGCUCUGUACGGUAAUGAACGCUUCAAGCCAUAUUCAGUGGUCCGAUCCCCCGAAGACGCUGCACAUUCUUCCAAACAGCCAUUCGACUAUGUCCUCCUUUGCGUGAAGGCCCUCCCCGACGUAUACGAUAUCGCCAACAUCAUCGAAUCCGUGGUCUCGCCGCAACACACCUGCAUCCUUAUGAACACUACGCACAGUCUAGGAGUCGAAUCAUAUCUCGAACAACGGUUUCCGACGAAUGUAGUAUUGUCACUAGUUUCGGGGGCAGAGAUAUCGCAGCUUGGGGCCAGCGAGUUUGAACACAAGGGAGCGACCGACAUUUGGGUCGGCCCCGCAAACAAGAACAGCAACAUCCCAGCACAAAUCCAGGCUGAUAUGGCAGAUGCUCUUGCGAUGACGCUGAGCUCUGGUCAGGUUGACUGCAAAGUGUCUCCCAACAUCCGCCAGCAACAGUACGAGCGAAUGAUUGGUGCAAUUGCUUUCCAGCCGGCCAGUGUCCUCUUCGAAACACCGAACCACGCCGAAUUGCUGGAGAAAGUCGGUGUCCGGGCCCUCGUCACCGGCAUAAUAGAUGAAUUGUUGGCUCUUGCAAACGCCCAAGGCUGCUCAUUCCCGUCAGACUUUCGGGAAACCACGAUUCAAACAAUGACCCAACGUCAGGAGACCAACAGCACGAUGUACCUGGACUUUGAGGCCAGACGGCCAAUGGAGAUUGAAACGUAUCUUGGAUCACCCCUGAAACUUGCCCAGGAAAACAGCGUCCCUGUACCCCGCAUCGAGACACUCUAUGCUAUGCUUCAUCACAUCAAUAUUGCGAACCGGAACAAACCAACGACACUACCCAAUCCUUCCCCUUCAAACGGAGCAGCGCCACCGCAACCACCGCCACGGUUGUCCUCGGCCCCUUUGCCGAGAGGCCCAGGCGGGCCGAUGAUGAAUGGAAACGGGCCAAUGAUAAAGGGGGGCCCUCGUCCGAGAAGCAGGGCUCCAUCGAUAACCGGGGUACCGCCCAUGAUGCGUCGAGGCCCACCACCAGGUCAGAUGAAUGGAUACCCACCGAGGCAGAUGAACGGUUACCCCCCUGGGGGCCCUGGGCCACGACGACCCUCGUUUGACGAAAAUAAUCUCGAAGAAUUCAGCCACUUGAUGCUGUACGACAACAUGGCUGACGAUGGGCAAGCUAAUGGCGGUGGAUAUGAACACGGAGGAGCGUCCUCGAACGAUCUUGCUCUCCGAGAACGAGAGCUUAUGCUUCGACAAAAAGAGCUCCAGCUUCGAGAGCAAGAGUUUAACAUGCGUCGAGGCCCACGUAGGGGCCCUCCUCCGCCUCCUUCGCACAUGGGUGGUUUUGACGAAGACGAGGAUGAGGAUGAUUAUUUUGAUCCCAUGGCUUCACGUGGCCCUGGGCCGAUGAUUGAUCCUGACAACUUCGACAUGAUGAGCGUUACAUCCCGCCGCAAUCGCAAGGUGCCGAGUGCAAGCCAGAUCCGCAAAAACCCGGAGCUUGGAGGUCUUGGUGGGCCACCUCCAGGUCCAGGAGGAGGCCAGCGCUCAAGGAACCCCUUCCGACCUGGAAUGAACAAGAACCGCACGAGCGCGAGAUUGAUGCAGGAUGUUCCAGGUCUUCAUGAUUCGAUCAUGAACAACCCCCUAAUGGGCUAUUCUUCAAACCGAUACGGUAAUGUUGAUCGUGGGGAGAUGGGUCAACAAUCGAGAGCAAACUCACUAACCACAGCACGCCUGGAUGAGCUUCAACAGGGUGGUAGCUAUGGUGCAUAUCCUCCAAUGAACCGACGAACGAGCCAGUCCCCAGGCAAUCCUCUCAGCCCUGGGCCGCGACCUGUUGGGAGACCGUCUCCACCAAACGGCUACCCUCCGAAUGGAAUACCUCCGAAUGGUAUGCCACCGAAUGGUAUGCCUCCGAAUGGUAUGCCUCCGAAUGGAGUGCAACCUAAUGGCCGUCCGUCCCCUCCUGGGAUGAGACAGCCGGUUCCACGACAUCCACCCGGUCAUGGUAAUGCAGUGGCACCGCAACAAGUUGAACAACAUGCUGGGGUGAGCAACCUUUACCCGCCCAAGUCUCGUCCUCAAGUGCGCAGUCUGACUGGAAGUGCGAGCGCUAGCGCGGGGAGUGGUAGUAGUGGCGCCAGCGCUCAACUAGAUUCGGAGAACUCUGCGCACAGCAGCCAGAGUAGCCUAGGACCUCGUCCUCCUAUCGGCGUUCGGUAAUAGAGGAGAUCUGUUUCAUAUCGCAUCUGCGGCAUUCGAAUUGGAGUAUGUUGGGAGUUUGCAUCGACACCGUUUUUCGAUUCCGGCGACAUUGACGAAAUCAUCCAUCUACUGGUCUGAAAGCUGGCGGUUCCGUGCCACCGACAUGUCUUUCUUCUCCGGGUUUCCCUUUCUGCUGUUGACGGCAGCUAUCCAUCCCUGACCCUGGCUACACAUCUUCUCUUCUCAAUCACGAAUAGGCACGGAUCUUUGUUAGA